AUGGAAAGGGAUAAGCACACUGGUGAGGAGAGGACAUGGAUUCCAGCUAAGGUUCUAAGUUCAGAUGGUACAAUGCAGCACCCAGAAGACUCUAUCACUUGGUCCACCGUGAAGGAUAAGUGGCCACAGUUUUCUGAAGAAGCAAGAAACCUCCAGCUUGGACUCUCUACUGACGGUAUGAAUCCUUUCUCAAUCCAGAACACAAAAUACAACAUAUGGCCGGUGUUAUUAGUCAACUACAACAUGCAUCCAACAAUGUGUAUGGAGGAAGAGAACAUCAUGUUGACUUUCCUAAUCCAUGGACCAACUGCACCGAGCAACAACAUCGAUGUCUACCUAGCUCCUUUGAUAGAUGAUCUAAAUGAUUUGUGGAAUGAAGGUAUUGUUGUUUAUGACUCGUUUCAGAAGGAAAAUUUUACACUAAAAACAAUGUUGUUGUGGACUGUCAGUGAUUAUCCUGGAUUAGGGACAUUGGCUGGGUGUAAAGUCAAAGGGAAACAAGCAUGUACUGUCUGUGGAAAGGAUACAUCCUUUAGAUGGUUGAAGUUUAGUCGAAAGCAUGUGUAUUUGGGAAACAAAAAGAGGCUGAGACCUGAGCAUCCUUACAGACGAAGAAGAAAAUGGUUUGACAACACAGUUGAAGAAGGGACUGUAUCUAGAAUUCAAAGUGAAUCAGAGAUUUUUGAGACACUGAAGGAUUUCAUAAAUAACUUUGGGAAACCGUUAGAGAGGAAUGGCAAAAGAAGAAGAAAAGUUCUCAGUGAAGAUGAGGUUAUUUUAGAGGAUGAAUACGAAGAAGACACAAAUCACUGGAGGUGGAAGAAAAGGUCCAUCCUCUUCGAGUUGCCUUACUGGAAGUCAAAAGAUGGUGUGAAAUCAAGAAAGAAUCUUGAAGAUAUGGAGAUUCGAAACAACUUACAUGUUCAUCUAAAAGGGAAGAGAACAUACUUACCUCAUGCUGCUUAUUGGCUGAAGAAAGAUGAAAAAAAAGAAAAUUCUGCAAGAGAUUUAAGUCUAUUUAGAGGACCAAAUGGAUAUUCUGUGAACAUUGCAAGCUGUGUCUCUGUGGAACCACCCACAAUUGGCGGAUUGAAGUCUAACGAUCAUCACGUGCUUCUGCAAAACCUUCUACCAGUGGCGUUGAGAGGCUUACUCCCGGAUUGUCCUAGGAUUGCAGUUACAAGGUUGUGCAGCUUCUUUAACAGACUUUGUCAGCGAGUUCUUGACCAUGAGAAUCUAAUAUCUUUGGAGACUGAGCUUAUAGAGACAAUGUGCCAAAUGGAGAGGUACAUUAAGCAUUUGUAA